AUGUGUGGAAUCUGCUCGGACCACUCUCCCAUGAGGAGUGAGACCAGGAGGAGCCACCUGGACCAGGAGGAGCCACCGGGACCAGGAGGAGCCACCAGGACCAGGAGGAGCCCCCUGGACCAGGAGGAGCCACCGGGACCAGAAGGAGCCACUGGGACCAGGAGGAGCCACGGUGACCAGGAGGAGCCACCUGGUCCUCCACAGGGUUAG